AUGAUGACGAAGGCUCAAGACAUUGCGAAGACGGUAAAACGACGGUCACCCUUUCAUCUUCAGUACAUGCACACGGGUGUGGUGUUCAUUUCGAUCGCCAUGAUGCCGGUCAGCAGAUCAUAG